UUAUUUCCAUGGGUUGAAUAUAUCGUUCGAUUUGGAUGGUGUCCAGAUGGCAGAAGUGUAUGGGUGCAAUUCUUGGAUCGUACACAACGAAAGACCGCGAUCGUUAAAAUUCCAAUCAGUAAUUUCAUGAGUUCGUCAGAAUAUGAGGAAAGUGGUGGAGAAUUAGAUGAUUUAUGCAUUUCGAGAAUAGAAAUUAUAUUUGAAGAGACAAGUGAUGUUUGGAUAAAUGUUACCAACAUUUUUUAUUUUUUCAAUGAUGAUGGAAUCUAUCACAAGGCCGAAGAUGCCGAUUUGUCUUCAACACCGACGAUACUUUACGAUCAACAGACUUCGUGCACUAAACUUUUUAUAACUUCUGAAAAAAGUGGAUACCGUCAUCUAUAUCUCGUGGAGAAGCCUUCUGCUGAGUCACCAGAUUACUACGUUAGAUCAAUAACCUCCGGGAAUUGGCCGAUCGUGGAUAGACCUAUAUAUGUCGACACGAAAAAAGAAUUGGUCUAUUUUACAGCCAGGAAGGAUACACCAUUGGAGACCCAUCUUUAUGCUGCUAGUUACGCUGAAAAUGCCGAUCCCUCAACAGUAAUACGGCUCACAGAGUUAGGUUACAGUCACACUGUAGUAAUGGACUCAAAGUGUGAGAG